GAAAUCGUUCUUCGUUUAAUCCGGUGCCCGAAACCGACCGCAGAAAAACCCGCUCGCACUCCGUUUAACAUAAUCCAUUGUUAAUUAAUUAAUUAAUUAAUCGGUGGUCCCGGUAUUUUUUCAAAGAGUCUCGAGGCUCGUUGGGAACUCGAGACGGUUCGAGUCGAAGGAAAAAACGAGAAAUCCGGGCAUAUAUAUGCGUUACGUCAGGAAGACCAGCAAGAUCAUUCAGCUGCAGUUUCGCACCUUCCUACUCGUUAGAGAUCACCAUUAGGAUUCUACUUGCUACAUCGACAGCUCCUUGUCAUUAUCUUGCUAUAAUUCUUCCCACUGGCUCGUUCGCUCAGAUUGGACUUCGAGAGGACCUGAAGGAUGAGGUCCCACCUACUCGUUCUGAUCUUCCUCUUCGCCGUUUCCUCUUCGGAAUCGACGCAGCGGCCGUCGGCGGACGAGAAAUGUCGCCAGGAGCACCCAGUCCUUCUACAUUAUUUCUCCUGGGCCGAUUACACAGUACUGGCGUCGAUGCUGAUAAUCUCCUGCCUGAUUGGUACUUUCUAUGGGUUCUUCGCGGAGAAACAGGAGACGAGUGAAGACUUCCUCCUCGGUGGCUCGAGCAUGGGCACGUUCCCUAUGGCGAUGUCGCUCGCGGCUAGCUUUAUCACCGCUAUCGAACUCCUCGGCAAUCCCGCCGAGAUGUACAAGCAGGGUACUCAGUUUUGGAUGACGUGUGUGUCGUUCAUCCUGGUGGUUCCGGUGACAUCUCGGUUGUACUUGCCAGUGUACAUGAAGCUGAGGCUGACGUCCAGCUACGAGUACCUGAACCUCCGCUUCGAUAGGCACUGCAGACUGCUCGCCGGCGGUCUCUACAUGCUGCAGAUGAUCCUGUACACGUCCGUCGCCGUCUACGCACCGGCAUUAGCUCUAAGUCACGUCACUGGCCUUAAUACUUAUAUAGCCGUCACUCUAGUCUACGUAGUUUGUAUUUUCUACGCCUCGCAGGGUGGAAUGAAAGCCGUUAUAAUGACGGACACAUUCCAAGCAGCGGUGCUGCUCGGUUCCCUGUUCCUGAUCGUCGGUUAUGGUCUCUCCUGGGAAGGCGGUUUGUCCCAGGUCUGGGAGGUGAACGAGAAUUCCGGCAGGAUGGAAUUCUUUAACAUAGACCCGUCGCCCACCGUCCGGCACAGCUUAUGGAGCGUGGUGAUCGGUGGCACCGUCUACUGGACCACCAUGUUCUGCAGCAACCAAGCCUCCGUCCAAAAGUACCUCAGCGUCGAGAGCAUCAGUCAAGCCAGAACAGCUCUGUGGGUGUCGGCCGUCGGGAUGAUCGUGAUUUACACAGUGAACUUUUUGACGGGCAUGGUGCUCUACAGCACGUACAAAGACUGUGACCCGUUGCAUGCCGGAUUCAUAAGCGGCCAGGACCAAUUGCUGCCGCUCUACGUGAUGAACUUCAUGGGGAACCUGAAGGGAGUCCCCGGUUUCUUCGUCGCUGGGAUCUUCGCCGCCUCCUUAGGAACGGUGGCGAGCGCUUUGAACUCUCUGUCGGCGAUCACUUGCGAAGAUGUCCUGCAGGGCUUGUUCAAACUCGAGUUGCCGGCUAGAAAGGGAGCCGUUUACGCAAGAUGGAUCAGUAUAUUCUUCGGAGCACUUAGCUUCGUCCUGGUCUUCGUCGUCGAGCGCCUCGGCAGCGUUCUUCAGGUUGCUCUGUCGUUCAAUGGUAUGGUAGGAGGUAUUACGUUGGGAUUGUUCUCUUUGGGGAUGUUCAUUCCAUGGGCGAACGCUAAAGGCGCGAUCACCGGUGCCGUCACCAGUUUAGUGAUCAUCUUAUGGAUCGGUUUGGGCGCACAGAUCGCUGCCCUCAACGGGCAAAUCCACCUAGACGGCAAGCCUGUCUCAGUGGACGCCUGCCCUUGCCUCGUCAACGCAACCGUUUCCACGUCAUCCACUGAUAACGUCGACAGCGACGUCUCUUCCAUAUACAAGAUAAGUUAUCUAUGGUACAGCGCGAUAGGCUGCAUACUGACUAUGCUCGUGGGCGUGGUGGUCAGCUUCUUCACCGGAUUCCAGAAUCCAGCGGAUCUGGACCAUGACCUUCUCAGCCCGCCGAUUGCGUCUCUGUUCCGCAUGAACAAGAAGCCCGUGAGCAAUGUUCAUCAAGGCAUCACGAACUUCGCCCUGGAGCUUGACGACGAGAAACACCAAGCGGAGAACGCGAAGAAUCUCAAGAAGUGAAGAGAGACACGAGGAGAAUCUCGCGCUUGGAUCUCGAUUUUCGGAUGAAACGAAAUUAUUACAGAGAUCUAACGUGAAGAGGACAGCGGAGCGGUGUGAAAAGAUUUUCGAAACUCGUUAUUGCGAGGUACUUGCAAACAUUCAAAAAGUACUUUGAUACAGGAAGAAGCUACGUUUAAAUAAUUAUUU